GACGAGGCGAGCGAGGAGGCGAGGGCCGAGGCGAGAGUGUAAAUGGGGUAUGACAGACAGCUGUAAGGAAGGCCGAGCGAGUUUUUUGGACAUUUUUGGCAAAGUAAAAUAACACAGCCGAAUUACUUCUAAUACAAUGUUUAAACAAUGCGCAAAAUUACAUUUUAGUGUUAUUUCUAAUCAAGUGAUUUAUGUACCUAAACACAAGCCCCCAGACCCCAAUGACUUCUAUAACCUCAAGAACUUCUUGACGAAACAUCAGCAAUUAUUGGUUCUCACAGGUGCUGGUAUUUCAACGGAAUCUGGGAUCCCUGAUUACAGGUCUGAAGAAGUUGGUCUUUACGCUAGAAGCAACCAUAAACCCAUACAGUACCAAGAGUUUAUUAAGUAUCCAAAAGUGAGACAGAGGUAUUGGGCCAGGAACUUUGUUGGGUGGCCAAGAUUCAGUAACAUUCAACCAAGUGCAACCCACCAUGCUGUGAGACAGUUAGAGAUGGCUGGAAAAGUGACAACAGUGGUCACUCAAAAUGUUGACCAUCUCCAUCAAAAGGCUGGCUCCAAGAACGUGAUUGAGUUACAUGGCAGUGGCUACCUCGUGAAGUGCCUCAGCUGUCCGUAUGAGGUGGACCGAUUCACUCUACAGGACACACUGAUGGAGAGGAAUCCAGACAUGAAGGGCAGUUUCAGUAUGAUCAGACCAGAUGGAGAUGUAGAGCUUUCAAAGGAGGAAGUUGAUAAAUUCAGAGUGCCACUUUGCCCCAAGUGUGAAGGGGCUAUGAAACCUGAUAUUAUUUUCUUUGGUGACAAUGUUCCAAAGGCAAGGGUAGAGCAGAUAAGAAAACAAGUGAGCAACAGUGAAGCAAUACUUGUUCUUGGGUCUAGCCUGACUGUAUAUUCUAGUUAUAGAAUAAUUUUACAAGCCAAAGAAGAAAACAAAGAGGUGGCCAUUUUAAACAUAGGACCCACUCGAGCUGAUGACAUUGCUGACAUGAAAGUCUCCACCAAAUGUGGUGAUAUACUACCAGAGCUGUGUAAUUCAAUAUGUUCAUAAUAUUUGAUACAUACAAACCAAUGAAAAAACCUAUGUGAUAUUACAUACCUCAACUAAUUUUGUGUAGAUAAAUAAAAGAUCUUAUGUUUGA